GGGUCGUACUCAAACAUUGCAUAUUCUUGGGGAUCCACCAUAUUAAAAAGCCAAAUGUAAAAAAAAUACUUGUGUGUGUGUUUCUCAAAAGCUCAUUAUUUUAAAACAGGAAAUUACAAACUAUAGAUUUCUCUUUCUUCUAAAAAAAGAGAUAUCAUGUGAGUGGGAAUCAAAAAUACAAAAUAAAAAUGCCAACACAACUCCAAUGUCGCACUUCUUCUUCUCACUCAUCAUGAAAACUUUUAGAAAGAGAAAUCAUAACAAUUCACAGAAAUACCAUUCAAUAAAAUGAGACAAAUAUUAUAUUUCUUUAUAAACAUUUUUUGAUGUUUUCUUUUUCACAUCAUCAAGCUUUCAUGCAAAUGAAAGAAUAGGCAAUAAUAUACCCCAUCGCACACAAGUAUUGCAAUUUACCGUUUCUCUCGACUGGACUAGUCUGGUGGCCUGCUACAACUGAAUCGAAUAUUGGAAGCGGAAUUUUGUGAAUCUCCUGACCUGACUUCUUGGCUGCGAUAAUUUUGUUUCCAUUUUAAUGUGUACAAUGCAAUUUUAAAAUAUAAACAAAAAAAUCUAUAAAUAGAAUUUAUACAACAAAAUAUUCAAUAUAUUUUGUGUCCAAAAGUGUGACUUUUAAAAAACUGAAAAAGCAAAAGACAAAAAGAAAUAGACUAUUUAUGUGUGCAUUCGAUGUAGUUGAAAAGAAUUUUUUUUUUAUAUUGACCACUAAGCGAAAUCAAGAUCAAAUAUCAUCUACAACGUUCAUCCCUAAUAGGAAAUGAUAGAAUUCUAUUUUUAAAAAUAAUCAUAUUUAAAAACUGCACCAGAAAUUGACGACGACGACAAAAACAUAGCCUGUCUGCCCACGGCGCUGAAAAGAAAUCAAAACAAAAAAAUCCUUAAAACAAAAAAGACAAGAAGAAUUUACACACAGAACCUCUAGCGCCAACGUUGUUGUUCGGGAACACGCAAUGUCAAUGUCGAAAUCGCCCGACACAGCACAACAAAUAAAAAACAUAGUUUCGGUUUUCCGUGCGCUUGUCACAUCCCGCAAACAACCAUGUACGUUACGUGAAAUUCUUCGAGAAUAUCCUGAAGUUGAGAGCAGACCCAUCUAUCCCAACCAACUUGGAUAUAAAUCUAUUGAAGAACUUCUCCGCGAGAGUGGGGAAUUUGUGCUUACAAAACUCGGUGGAGAAACAUGCAUCGCUGCCAAGUACAGCAAGAACUCUUCGCAUAUAGCGUCUUUAGUGCGUGGACAGAAGAGUAGUGGCAGCAAGUCGAACAAGGCAAUCAAGAAGGCACAAAUACGACAACCUUACCGCCCAUCUGAUCAAAGUUGGAAUAAAAGUUCAUAUUCAUCGAAUGUAUAUCAGAAGUUGCCAUCUACUUUGAAUAGAUUUAUUCAAUCGCAAAAUGCUAUGAAUGGCUAUGGUGGUGGUGAUAGUAACAAUAAUACCAGUCAAGUGAAUAACCGAAAUAACGCACAUCAGCAUAAACAGCAAACUAACAAUUACAAUAACAAUUAUAAUCGUACUCAACAACCUCAGCAGCAACAGCAGGCUUUAGUUGGUGGACAAAAGGAUUUACGAGAAAAGUUGAAAAGCGGUCAAAAAGAACCACAAAAAGAACAAAAAGACUUGCGUGAAAAGUUGAACACCAAAAAGAACAACAACAACAUGAUUAUGCCAACUGCUUGUGGCAAGUCACAGCCACAACAACAACAACAACCGACCCAGGAUCUUAGAGAAAGGCUAAACAUGAAGCAGAAUCAACAACAACAACAACAUUCUGCUCAACAAAAUCAAUCGCAUCAAUCACAGCAACAACAACAAUUCCACCACCAGCAACAACAACAACAGGCGAAUAAAGAUAAAGUCAGUCCUCGUGCAAUACUUGGCCAAAACAACAAUGGAGCCAAUGGUGCUCCAAACUAUGCUAAACAACAACAAGCGAUUUCGGUUGCACAAUUGCAGAAUAGCAAUGCGAUAGCUUUAGCCUCUACUAUGAUCCUGGCUCAACGACAGCAAAUGGUUAUUCAGCAACAUUUGCAGCAGGCAAAUCGUCAACAAACUCAACAACAGUCCUACCAGGCCUCAGCUCAACGCAUGUCACAGCAGCAACAACAACCGCAACACCAACAAAGUCACCAGCAUCAGCAACAACAGCAGCAACAAAAAAGAUAUCAGCCGCAACAGCAACAACAACAAAAAUCAAAUCAUCAAAACUCUGCUUCCGGCGGUUACCAUAAUAAACAGCCAUCGCAUGUUGUUUCAUUAGGACCCGGUGUCCCAGGAAAGAAUUCCGUUCAAGAUAGACUGAAAAUAAAGAUAACCAAUAAUAUGUGCAACAAAAAUAACAACAAUUCCAAUGGCAGCGGUGGAAGUGCAGGAAUCACACCAGAUUCGUCGCCAGCUUUGUCAUCUGCUGGAUCGGAUCAGCCAAGUCCAUUUGGCGAUCGUAAAUCAAAUGUGAUAAAAAAUAAUGAAACCCAUGAGACUCAACAAAUAAUUCCGCCAAAAGUUUUCCAAUUCAAUCCGAAACUCGAUCCUGUAACAUCACUCUCACAAUACUGUGUAGUUAGACGGUGUUCGCAACCCGAAUACACCUUUUUCCGAUCGAAGUUCUCAAAGCUAUUCCAAUGUCAUGUACUAGUCAAUGAAAGUAUUUACUCAACCUACCCCAAUGAGUAUCCAAAUGAGAAUUUGGCCAAAUACUCUUGUGCUAGUAUGGCUAUUGAUGAAAUCAAAAUUCAAGAAAGUCGUCGGCAUUUGCCCGUCUGUCCGGACACUGAUCAAGAAUUGACAGAGAAAAUAUUCCAAGAACUAAAAUCUCAUCCCCACGGCAUCUUUGCUAAAAAUCUCCCCGAAUGGUUUGAGAGCACAUUCAAACAACUGUUGCCCGAUCAUUGGUGGUCUUUGAUUGAAGGUUCAAAGCAAUUCAUAACUGAAACAUCAACACGUGAUAGUUUGAUUAUAUUUUCAAAUAAUGACUUUGAGGCUGGUGACAACGAAGAGCCCGAAACUGAAUCUUAUACACUCGAUUCGAUUAAAUUACCAUGGAGCGAGAAAUAUUGGAAUCUCUACAUAACCCAUUGUGUGUCGACUACUGAGAUUUGGGCUCGGCUCUUUGGCAAGGAAUAUAGUGAAGAAUUUGACAAUUUGAUGAACGAAAUCGAUAUGCACAUGUUGACUGAGAAGACCCGUCCCGUUUCGGUGGCAUGCAAACAAAUUUAUUUAGUUUGCAUAGCAGAAUGUUGGCAUCGAGUGCGUUUGGACGAAGUUGAUAAAUUGAACGCCAUUGGUCAGUGCUUCUUUAUUGAUUUCGGUGAUGAAGACUGGGUGCCGGUCAGCCAGUUGCACAUUUGUGAAAAGAAGUUCCUGAAGUUGGCCCCGCAAGCUGUUUCCUUUAGUUUAUUCGGUUUGGAAGACUUUGCUGGCAAUCCAAAUGCCAAACGACACUUGGAUGCAAUGCUUGCAAGCAAGAGUGUCGUUGGAGAGAUUCUAACGAAGGAGGAAGUUUAUACUGCUGGCAAUGCCGAGGACAGUGUAAUUAAUAUACAGGUUGUUCUUUAUGACACAUCUUCACAGGAAGACGUCAAUUUAAAUCCAUUGGUAUUGCAUCAAAUCUGUGAUGAUACACCACCACCGGAAAUUAAACGUACCGGACUUACAACUGUGUUAAUUACGCAUAUUACUGACGCUGGUGAUGUUUUCUUGCAAGUACGGAACUCUGAGUUGCAAUAUGUUCAGAAACUCAUUCAACAACUAAUUGAGUCAAAAUUCAAGAAAGACCAGCAUAAAGUUACCCGAGCUGAUAUUCAAAGUUCGAAUAUGUUUUUAAUUUGUGAUAAAACCAAUAACCAAUGGUAUCGAGGAGUGUUGGCCAAUGCCACCAAUAAACAUUUGGAUGAAGACGAAUUUGAUAUUUUCUAUAUUGAUUAUGGAAUGACGAAAAAGACUCAUAUUUCGAAUAUGUUCCAAUUGGAAUCGUUGAGUACUGCGCUAAGUAAAUUCCCUCGCCAGGGUAUCAAAGCAAGAUUAGAUAAUAUUCCUCCGACCACUUCGGCUAUUAUUGCUAGGAUGCGAGGUCUUUUGCCUGCUGAUUCCAGAGCGUUGGUCAAAAUUGGAACACCAAGUUCUAUACCUUUGAUAAUUGUCUACAAACGUUUUGAAGGCAGUGAGGCUCUUUGCAAUGUCAAUGAAGUCAUUCGAAUUGAACAGGAAUUAGAAAGCUCAUCAACUGACCUCUUGGAUGAUAGUCUAACGAUUACAUUAAAUGAUGGAAAGAGUAGCAGCGGUGAUGGUAGUAGUCUACCAUCGCCCGGAGCAACUUCCCGUAAUAAUUCAUCUGUUGAUUUACAACAAACUUUUCGAAAUUUAACUAUUAAAACGAAUUCUGUGCCAAAUUCACCACAAAAAAGUGAUUAUAUGUUAAAAUUAAAAAAUUACGAAGAUGUGCCAAAUGUGGGUGAAUUUAUGGAUGUACGUGUUACAAUGUCGGCGAAUCCACUUAAUUUUGUGAUUCAACCAUAUAAAGAUUUUCCAGAAUUACGCAAACUUAUGAAAGAUCUACAAGAAUAUUGUGAAAAUAAUGACGAAUUUAUUCCUGUUGAUAUGGUGGAAAUUGGACAAGUUUAUGCUGGCAAAAAUAAGGAUGGCUUCUUUCAUAGAGUAAUUGUCGUGAACAAAUACCAAGAUAUGAUCCAUGUGAGCUUCUGUGACUUUGGAGAUGUUGAUAUUCUCAGAUGUGAUCAGUUGAAGACACUCCCAGCCAAGUUCCGUCAGCUUCCUAAGCAAGCAAUUCAAGCGAAAUUAUAUGGCAUUACUGCUCGUAAUGUUGACUGGGCUCUAGAAGAUUGUUUACGCUUCCGCGAGCUUACAGUUGGUCAAAAAUUCGUCUCAGUGAUUAAGAAAAUAAGUAACGGUGACAAGAUCAGUCCAGAUACUCGAAUUCUAGAGUUGGAUCUAAUCGAUGUGAAAACCGAUGAGGAUAUAUUUAUUCGUGACAUUUUAAUAAAAGAACAACGUGCCAUUGAGGCAAGCAGUACUGAUGGUUUGCAAUUUGGCGAAUAAAUGUAUAAGAGCACUAAGAAAAGAAAUAAAAAACAGACGAAGUUAAAUGAUUAAGGUGCUCCUCCUGCUUACAGCUUCUUGCAAAAAGAAUUUUUAAAUUGAUUUUAAUUAUUCUAUUUUAUUAUUUGUCUGGAGAUGAUCUAUUCUAUUUUCAUUUAAUUAGAACAUCCAUUCACAGACACACUCACACCAUACACACAAACACACACUCACUGACACACAUGGUGAUCGAUUGUUCUGUCGUGUUCGAGACAAAUAAUUUGCGUUACGUUAAAACGAAUUGUUUUAUAAGAAAUUAUAUAUAAACUUAGAAUAUAUAAAAAAAGAAA